UCCUUCAGCCCAUCAAACAAAGCCCAUCCAUGGAGAAGACCUUACUCUUCUCUCUCUUUCUCUGGAUCUUGGUUGCAUCUGGAUCGUCGAUCGAUGUCCCGGCGAUCUUCAUAUUCGGAGAUUCGAUCUUCGACGCUGGGAAUAACCAUUUCAAUAAAAACUGCACCAUCCAGGCAGAUUUUCCACCGUACGGUCAAAGCUUCUUCCGUCACCCAACGGGACGGUUCACGAAUGGGAGAACGGUCGCUGAUUUCGUCUGCGAGAUGAUAGGCAUCGAUCUGCAAAAGCCAUACUUGGAAGCGGAGAUGCAAGUAAGGAACAGGAGCCGUAAGGAUUAUCCGGCGAACGGGAUGAAUUUCGCGAGUGCUGGGAGUGGUGUUAUGAAGGAAACGAACGCAGAUUCGGGUGUGACCCCCAUCCAGACCCAGCUACAACAGUUUGAAGCCCUAGUGAAUCAGAACAAGAUCGACAAGAAGAUCAUCGAACGGUCCUUCUUCUUUUUCGAGUCUGGGUCCAACGACAUCUUCCAGUAUUUCAUCCCCUUCUACACCCCGAAACUCGAUGCAGAUGCCUUCGUCAGCACUAUGAUCACAGAAGUCGAGCACAUGAUCCGGUGCAUCUACGAACUCGGCGCACGUCGCAUUGCUGUGUUUGGAUUAGGCCCAGUUGGCUGUGUACCCGCACGGACGCUCUUGGGGGCUCCAAUGGACGUGUGUCAUGAGGCAAUGAACCAAAUGGUGAUGAAAUUCAACUUGGGCUUAGAAAGCCUGAUUAAGGAUGUGCCCACAAAGCUCCCAGGGGCUGUCGGUGUUUAUGGAGCCACGUUCGACAUCAUCCAACGGUUCCGUGCUUCUCCUAAGGAUUAUGGCUUCUCUAAUACAACUAAUGCCUGCUGUGGUGAGGGCACUCUGGGUGGUAUGGUACAAUGUGGGACUGGAGAAUACAAAGUGUGCGGGAAUCCCAACGAAUUCCUGUUUUGGGAUUAUUUCCAUCCAACGGAGCACGCUUACAAGCUCAUCACAAAGGCUUUCUGGGGUGGCAAGCAGCAGCGGAUCAGGCCCCUUAAUCUCAGGACUCUUGCGAACAUCACUGUCUGAAAAUCCUUCAUCCAACGGUUACAAAAGCACCUCAUGCAACUGCUGCAAUGAAGAAAUGUAGCAUCUUUUUGUUGUUUGAUUCUUCUUUUCACAAACAUUGAUAGAAAUAAUAUUAAUAUUAAUAUAAUACUCAGAUUAUUUAUGGGAA